UUUAAAACAUUCUUCCUCAGUUCCAGCUUUAAAAAUCUGACUUUUUGUUCAAAAGCGCAAUUUUGCGUAACCUGUUACGUCAGGUGACAGUUACGUCAGAGCAGAGUCUUGACCAGCAUGAGCCGCAUACUCAGUACGAAUGUAUUAAGACAUUUCAGUGUAUUUGGUGUAAAGCUGCCCUCUCACGUCUCCCUGGCAGCGGGAAACCAAGGCGUUUUUGCUCUGAAUCUCUGCAGAACAUCCACGACUGACAGUACCAGCAUGGACCUGAGUAACAUGAGGAAGAAGUACAAAGGAGAUGAAGAGUGCUUUGAAGAGAGCCAGCUGGUGUCUCUGGACCCCAUCAAACAAUUUGGAAACUGGUUCGAUGAAGCUACUAAGUGUCCUGAAGUAGGAGAGGCCAAUGCCAUGUGCAUCGCCACUGCAUCCAAGGAUGGACGACCUUCUGCCCGUAUGGUUCUCCUGAAAGGUUACAGCAACGAGGGUUUCCGCUUCUUCACAAACUACGAGAGCAGAAAGGGUUCUGAGCUGGAGAGUAAUCCACACGCAUGUCUGGUCUUCUACUGGGAACCGCUGAACAAACAGAUCCGUAUCGAGGGCUCAGUGGAGCGGAUCCCCUACCAGAAAUCCUGCGACUACUUCCACUCGCGGCCGAAGAGCAGCCAGAUCGGAGCGGUCGUGAGCCGACAAAGCACCCCGGUCCUGAACAGAGACUAUCUGAGGCAGAAAAAUGCAGAACUGGAGGAGAAGUACAGGGACGGAGAAGUGCCCAUGCCUGACUACUGGGGCGGCUACGUCGUCAAGCCGGCUCUGAUCGAGUUCUGGCAGGGGCAAACCAACAGGCUCCACGACCGCAUCGUUUUCACCAAGAAGAAGGAGGAAGGACCGGGAGAGUUUGAGCACGAAGCAGAGGGGGGCUGGGUGUACCAGCGGCUGUCUCCGUGACAACCACCUCAGCAGACCGGGACGCCCAGCGUUUUAUGUCACACUUUGACGGGCAUCAUCUGAAAGUACCGCUGGGAUCCAUUUCAUGUUUGUUUACUGUGCAACUGUACAUUUUCCAUGCGUCGUGAAAUGAGACAAUGAAGAGUGGACUAACUCGCACAGGAGAGUAAACUCCACCUGUCCCGUCAGGUAAUGAUUGACAGCCUGGCGUUGUUUAUUAAUGUUGUUGACCCUGAGCUGUGUCUGGUUCCUUCAUAAGCGUGAUCAGCACUUGGAAGCACAACGCUUGCUGUAUUCCUGUUUGCUGUAUUUGAGUUUUUUCUGGCCUGUAAUUUUCUGAUAAAACCCCAGAAAGCCUGACAAUGCUACAAUUUGUUAUUGUGUUCUGUUCAGAUAGAAAAUCAGGACUGGUGAUUUGAGCUUCUUGUUUUCUGGGUGAAUUUCUGCCAAGAGAAAUCAAUCAAUCAAUCAAUCAAAUCAAGAAAGUGUUGAUUUUAAUCCCAAAUAAAUGUACACAGCAUCCAUGUUUGUACAAGUGUUGCCAGGUCAGUUUUUGUGACACGCCAGAAAUGUGUUAGUGUUCAGAUCGUAGCUGUUGGUGUUAAAUGUUGACGGGUGUGUAAAAUGAAGUACAAAACACUACAAACACCUGCAGGUAUUACAUGCCAAAUUCCUGUGCUGAAUUACACAGGAAACGACAUUUUCAUCAGUGGAAAACAGAUGUCAUUAUGAUGUUUGAUAUGAAGUCCCACACAAGUGCUCUGCGCUUUACUGAUCUGUGGAAGCUGUAGUCUGAUUCGGUCGACUGGUUAUGUUCCAACUCAACCUUGAUUACAUUUUGCAUGCUCAGACGACCUGCACUGCACUUUUUAAACACAUCCAAGUCCUCUUAGAAAUCACUUAAAACAAAUGUAGUCUUUUGUCGUCUUAUGGACUUAACAGCCUGUUUCUUUCACUUUCAUUUAUUAGCUGUUGCAUUUCAUUCUGGUUUCUUAUCAGGAAAUUAUAAGGAAACACGGGGCCUGUGAAGCAGGUUAUAUUGAGCAGCUGACUCCAAUUUAACAUUGACUGAUUGUGUCUUUAACAAGUUUAAAAGAGCCAAAAUUGUCAGAUGUGCCAACUUGAGUGUCUUUUACCCUUUCAGGAGGAGAUUGUUUCAUUCUGGACUUGAAAUAACUGUGUAAUUUAAGUAAUAAAGUUGAAUUUGUGUC